AUCACGAGGCCUUGGUCACAGCGAUCUCAGACAUGUACCCCUCUUUCUUCCACGUGGGCCAUCUGCGGAAAAAACUUCUCCUGCUUGGCAUCAGUGUGUGCAGCUUCCUGGUUGGCCUGCUAAUGGUCACAGAGGGUGGCCUGUAUGUGUUUCAGCUGUUUGAUUACUAUGCCUGCAGUGGGAUGACUCUCCUGGUCUUUGCUAUUCUCCAGGCCGUCUGUGUUGGGUGGUGUUAUGGUGCGGAGCGACUGUAUGUUAAUAUUGAGGACAUGAUUGGCUAUCGUCCCUUGGCCAUUCAUGAAGUACUGUUGGAUGUACAUCACACCGGUCAUAUGCACACUGGGCUUCAGGAGAAAACCUUGUCUACCAUCUUUGAGGUCAGCCUGUCCACAGUUAGCCGCAUCAUUUUAACAUGGACUAGCUACCUUUACCAGGUUCUUGGCUCACUGCCGGUGUGGAUGACAAGAGAGCAGGUGCAGGCCACAAUGCCUGAUAAGUUCAAGCUCUACUGCCCUCAGGCUCCAUCUCCGACAUGGAAAUAA